AUGCGCUUCGCGCCCCCGGCGCCACUGUGUGCAGGCCGGCUGGUCUUUGAGCUGGACGGCAGCCAGGGCCUGGCGAAGACGACCGCGAACUUCCUCGCGCUGUGCACGGGCGAGAAGGGUGCGUGCAAGAACGCGCCGAACAAGAAGCUGCAUUACCUCGGCUGCCCGGUCCAUAGGAUCGUGAAGGGCUUCGUCGCUCAGGGCGGCGACAUCACGCGCGGGGAUGGGAGCGGGGGCGAGUCGAUCUACGGCGGAAAAUUCAACGACGACAAGGCGGGGCUGAAGAAGAAGGCGCAGCGCGGCUCACUCGCCAUGGCGAACUCGGGCAAGAACACGAACUCGUCGCAAUUCUUCGUCGUGCUCACGGACGACGAGACCAAGCUCGCGAAGUUGCACGGAAAGUUCGUUGUGUUCGGGGAGCUCGCGGAGGGCUGGGACGUGCUCGGACGGCUGGACGAGGUCGGCGGUGGGGCGGAUGGCAAGCCCGCCAUGCCUGUGUGGAUCGGGGGAUGCGGACGACUGGGUGGGCCGUAG